GUCCCGAUCAGUAUAGUAAUGUAAACAGAGAUAAUAAUUUGUACCGCAGUUUCAUACAUCGCGCAUUGACCGGAUCAGUGGUGCAACAUUUGUGUACACAGUUGAUUGAAUAAUUUCCAAAAUGAAGAAUGUGAUAUGUCUGCUGUUGCCGCUGGUUCUGCUUUUGGUUAGCGAAACAAAGUGCAAGCCGAAAGUUUCCAGUACGGAGGAAUCUGUGAAUGAAAACGAGCUUGACAGUAGACCAUUUGGACGAAGUGAUUGCCAAAAAGACAUAGAAGAAGGCAGAGAACACUGCAGAGCUUUGAUCCCAGUAUACCGAUGGAAUAACAUGAAGCAAAAAUGCGAAUCAGCAUUUUAUGGUGGUUGCAACAAAACAAAAAAUAACUUCAGGACUCUGAAAGAAUGUGAAGAUACUGCAGGGACUAUUUGCAAAAAAUAAAUUCGAGGUGAUAGACGUAAUGCCUAAAAAUAGUGUGAUUAAUAGUUAUUGCAGUUAAAUGUAUAUAGAUGCAUCUAUCUUAUAACGUAAUAAUUUAAGCUUGGUUGUGAUAUCACAAUUGAUAAUAUAAUAUUGAUAAAAAAUAGACAUGGACAAGUUUUAUUAA